GCUCACAGACACACACACAGUUAAUAUAUAGCAGUGCGCGUCAAUACCGGAACCUUUCUUCCCCAUUCAUUUUAUUCACACUCUCUCAUUUUCAUAAAAUUUCCGCUAAUUUGCGCAGGGCAUCAUCUGACCAGCGCAUUUUAGCCCAAACAAACCGUUUUUUCCCCUAAUUUCUUACCCCCAAAUUAUUGUUAUUAAUUAUUAUUUCCCAAAAAAAUUAUUUUUAAUCAAUAUCCAAAGAUAAAUUAUAAUAAUAAUAAUAAUUAUAUUUUCCGAUCAUUGUUGUAAUUGAAAUCAAUGGCCGCUCCACGAGCUGCUCCACCGGCUAGAGCUCGUGCAGAUUAUGAUUAUCUUAUUAAGCUCCUUUUGAUUGGCGAUAGCGGUGUGGGGAAGAGUUGCCUUCUUUUGCGUUUUUCUGAUGGUUCUUUCACUACAAGUUUUAUCACUACCAUUGGUAUCGAUUUUAAGAUAAGAACCAUUGAACUUGAUGGAAAAAGGAUCAAACUCCAAAUUUGGGACACUGCUGGUCAAGAGCGAUUUCGGACAAUCACAACUGCUUACUAUAGGGGAGCUAUGGGAAUUUUGUUGGUGUACGAUGUUACUGAUGAAUCAUCAUUCAACAACAUCAGAAACUGGAUUCGCAACAUCGAACAACACGCCUCUGACAAUGUCAACAAGAUCCUUGUUGGAAACAAAGCUGAUAUGGAUGAGAGCAAGAGGGCUGUGCCUACCGCGAAGGGCCAAGCACUAGCUGAUGAGUAUGGCAUUAAGUUUUUUGAAACUAGUGCAAAAACAAACCUAAAUGUGGAGGAAGUUUUCUUUUCAAUAGCUACAGAUAUCAAGCAAAGGCUUGCAGACACCGACUCCAAGGCUGAGCCAUCCACGAUCAAGAUUAAUCAACCAGAUGGUGGAGGGGCGAAUGGUCAAGGUGCACAGAAAUCAGCUUGUUGCGGUUAAACAAACACGGAAUGCUUCAGAGGUGCUGCUCUGCAUGUGGUUGGCUCGUGAUAUAGAAACACAGCCUUGGUGGAAAAAAAUACCAAGUGAAACAUAGACGGUAUGAUGAUGGCGCUGCCCGACUUAUCAGCGCUAUUUUAUUCAAACUUUGUGUUAUGUGAAACAUCAUCGAGUUUUUUUCUUUCUUUGUUUCACAUCUAUUUUAAUUCGGGAUAAGAGGACAUUUUCCAUUUGGUAUUUGUAUUUCUUUUUGUCUAAUAGCAAUUUGAAGUGCACUUGUUAGGAAAUUUUAAGAUGGUAAUUGGUUCAA